UAAUGUUUUGGUCGAGUUGGAAGUUUUCGAUGUCAUAUAAAUAUCCUUUUUAGCGACAUUUUUAACCAUUUUAACCAUUUCUGGAGGGGUUGUCGGAAAUGUCCACUAGCAUCACACUCCAAGAGGACACUAAGAAUGCAAGAAUACCGGGAACAUCGUAUAUUUCUGGAAAUGGAGUACGGCAAAGAGCAAACAAUGCUGAAUGCGACGAAGAAGCACCUCAUUACUUUAUCCGACCAUUCAAGGAGGGAGCCGCAUCACUGUCUUCUCUGCAGAGCUUCAUCCAGGAACUCGUAUGGUUGUUCAAUCAGAGAGAGGCACAGCAAACCCUAGGCCUCGUUGCUGUGAACCUCUUAGCCACCCUCUUGCUCCUUUCGUGGUGCCAUGCUACACGAAGUAUGGGUUUAAAUUCAUGCAUGUUCAAUUCCUCUCUUAUAAAUGUAUGUAAUGGUGCUUUUCUCAUUCUCCUCUCACUCCUCAGUUUGGUAACAUGUUUAGUGUGUGUAUGGGCUGAGAGUCAAAAGGCCACACCAACAUUCACCUUUGGAUACCGGAGGUGUGAAGCCUUGGCCGUGUUCGCUUCUGUGACUCUCUCAUUACUUGGUGCCGUCAUUAUAGUCAAGGAAUGCAUUGAGAGACUACUAGAGCCAGAAGAAGUACAUAUGGGCAUGUUAUGCAUGGGUGGCAUAGUGGGACUGAUACUUCACCUUGGCAUGACAGUCCUGGCACACAAUCCUCCCCUCACUCAAGUUUUACGCGCAUCUCAAUCAUCACUGUUGCAGGAGCAUGUGGCUGAUAUGUGCCAGAGUCUUUGCAACUAUGUGCCAGCCCUGUCACGCGUGCUCCUGCCAAGAGUGAAUCCAGUGGUUCUCAUAUCAAUUGCAGGUUUUUUGGCAAUCAUUGGAGACAAUAUCAUCCUGGAGAUAUAUAACUACCAGGCAGCAGAUAGCAUAGCAGCUCUGAUCAUUGCAAUCCUCACUAUCACCACCAUGUUUCCACUGUGCGUUUGCUCUGCCAGUAUCCUACUCCAGACAACCCCAGUCAGUGUGUUUGCACAACUAGACAAAUGCCUGCGAGAAGCACUCACCCUUGAUGGAGUGCUUGAGUUUCGUCAUGAGAAUAUUUGGACAUUGGGCUUAAGCGAUCCUUCUCGUGGUUCACUGUCUGCUUUAGGAGAUCACAGUGGAUUUAUUCUAACAGGAAGCCUUCAUGUUCGUAUUAGACGUGAUGCUAAUGAGCAGAUGGUCUUAGCUCAUGUACGUGAAAGACUUGCACCUCUGGUGCCAUUACUGACAGUUCAGGUCUUUAAGGAUGACUGGACUCGCAGCUCCACCACACUGCAGUUGCUGAACGAUUCUUCCAGAGCCCUUGCUAGCUCACCAUCGCAUUCACCUCAUUAUGUCAAUGUUACGUAUCCCCAUAUUUAUCCCUCUGCCAAAAGUUCAGGAGGUCGUAGUCCCUUCUUCCCGCAUAAUUCACCCGUGGGGCCCCUUUCCUCCUAUUCUCCCUCCACAUUAUCUCAAGGAGGCUUAGGAUACUCCCACAGUACACCAACCCUGUCUUCUUCGUCAGGCUCUGAACACUAUGAUCACGGAGCCCACAGGAAUUUUCCAAAAGAGAGAAUGGCUCUCCAAAAUAAUCUAUCGGAUGACACACACAGACUCAGCUCAGCAAUGCAUAAAGAGGCCACGUAUCUCAGCAGUCCGGGCUUAGACGAAAGCCAGGAGAAGGUUCAAGGAAGUCGAGUGGGAGAGGGAGGCUUUACAGGUAAUCAGCUUAGUCAGAAACCAUCUCCUUAUUAUGUUAAUGUUGAUUUUUUAAAUAGAUCAAAUGUUUUACAUGAUAAUACAUGGAAUGCUGCAGGUAGUAGAAACCAAGAGGAAAAUCUUAUGAAUGAUGGUACAAGAUAAUAUUUAUUUAAUAGUGAUAUUCUUUCAUGUACUCAGCAUUUGAUAUUUUAUGUAUAAUCUUCAUAUUUUUUUACAAAAGGAAAAAUAUAUAUAUCGUUAAAAAAUAGAUAGAGAAUAAAUUGUCUUAGAAUGAAUAAGUAA